AGUCUGGGCGGUAGAGGUUCUGCCUGGAGUCUUUCCCCUGGAGUCUCCCAGAGCAGCACUCGGCUACUGGAGAUUUAGCGUCUACCGUACGGGACAGAGAUGAGUGUGUGAGGUGAGGGUAAAGAGGCAGGCAUCAUGUUACCAUCUCGAGACAACACGGUCCCUCACGUCACCUUCAGCAGCACCAGGGUUGCUGAUGAGGACAUGACCAUGGGUGAAGUGUGCCCCCAGAAGAGGACCUCGACAAAGAACUAUAUUCGUCUUCUCCUCCUCAUCCUCGUCCCUGUUAUCAUCCUGCUAACCUGUCUACUGCUGGUUCUACUGGCCUUCUCAGGGAUCUUUGGGAAUGUUUUCUUCAUGGGAGUAGAGUCAGGAGAGUCGGACCCCCUCUUCGGCACGGCGUACCCUGUCUCCACGGACACUCCGUUCACCGCUAUCGGGACAUCUCCCGUUAACCCUAACGUGACCGGAUCUGCCAGGACAGCGACCGCAGACCUAUCCGACCGUGAACACAACCUAAAACCAACUGGAACUCACUAUAUUCCACACACGGACACCACUGUCACACACUCCUCUUCAUCCUCUUCUUACUUCUCUUCCACUACUCCUCCCACCGUGGUUCACUCAGACCCUCGUGAUUGGGUGACCUCUAUGACAUCACUGGGCACCUCCUUGCCAAUCAGCACCACCCAAGAUCCUUCGAGUCCCGCCUCCAGCCAAGACUGUGUCCUGAUCUCAGAAGCCCAGUGCACCGUGCUUCCCUAUAACCAGACUACUCAGUCACCAGGGCUCGCGGUGGUGAGGGCCUCGGAGGUUGACAUGUUUCUCAAGUUCUUUUCCUAUUUACACCGGCUCGGCUGCUACAGACACAUCAUGCUGUUCGGCUGCACGCUUGCUCUACCAGAAUGCAUCACUCCACGCCACGGUCAACCCAGGCGUGUCGUCCUCCCCUGUCAGUCAUUCUGUGAGUCGGCCAGAGAGGGCUGUGGACCAGUCCUCCAGCUGUUCAACGCAUCAUGGCCUGACUUCCUGCGAUGCUCCCAGUUCACCAACAACACUUCCGGGUUGCCGGGGUUGUCGUCCAUGGCAAUGCAAGCCGAGUCAGGGGUCAGCCCAGGUACAGGGGUCAACUCCGCACUCCUCAGCCCCAACUCCAUCCCUUCCAGCUGCUACUCUCCCAGACAGGUCAAAGGCAAACCAUCUGUCUGUGGAGGACACGACCACUUCCUGUGUGUGACUGGACUAUGUAUCCCCAGGAAACUUGUUUGUAACGGAUAUAACGACUGUGAUGACUGGAGUGAUGAGGCAGAGUGCGUGUGUGGAGAAGAGGAGUUUAGGUGUAGGACGGGACGCUGUGUGUCCCCAUCUAUGGUGUGUGAUGGAUACGAUGACUGUGGAGAUCUCAGCGACGAACACAGCUGUGUGUGUGACCCAGUUCGGGAACACCGCUGUGAGGAUGGCAGAUGUGUUACCAGGGACUGGGUGUGUGAUGGAGAUCAUGACUGUCUGGACAAGAGCGACGAACUAAACUGCUCCUGUAAAUCCCAGGGUCUGUUGGAAUGUAGGAAUGGUCUGUGUGUUCCCAGUGCCUUCAGAUGUGACGGAGAGGAUGACUGCAAGGAUGGCAGUGAUGAGGAAAACUGUACUCAACUACAUAUUCAGGGUGCGUGUCCUCCUGGCCAGCCCAGCUGUCCCUCUACUCCCAGCACGUGUGAUGCCCGUAACAACUGCAGUCAUUGUGAGCCCAUUACUCUAGAGUUGUGUAUGAACUUGCCCUACAACAGCACCACCUACCCUAACUACCUUGGCCACAGUAGACUGACCCAGAGCGAGAGCUCUGUUUCCUGGGAGUCUUCUCUGUUCCCAGCCCUGGUUCAGACCAACUGUUAUAAAUACCUCAUGUUCUUCGCCUGUACCAUGUUGGUCCCCAAGUGUGACUCACACACACACCAGAGGUUGCCCCCCUGCAGGUCAUUGUGUCGGAGCUCUAAGGAGCGCUGUGAGUCUGUGCUGGGUAUUGUGGGUCUUCAAUGGCCGGAGGACACAGACUGUAACCAGUUCCCCGAAGACGGACCCACCUGUCUCCUACCUGACCCGGAUGUUGAUGAGUGUUCUCCCAGUCACUUCAAAUGUCGGUCCGGGAGGUGUGUCCUGUCCUCUAAGCGCUGUGAUGGACACAUGGACUGUGACGAUGACAGUGACGAAGACAACUGCGGUUGUGUGGAGCGAGGUCUGUGGGAGUGCCCAGGUACCAGGCUGUGUAUUAAACACUCUAUGAUCUGUGACGGUUUCCCAGACUGCCCUCUGCUGAAAGAUGAGAACAACUGCUCUGUAUGCAAGGACAACGAGCUAGCCUGUAGCAACCACCAGUGUGUUCACCGGACUCUGUGGUGUGAUGGGACAAAACACUGUUCAGACAGCUCUGAUGAGUGGGACUGUGUCUCUCUGUCGGAGGGGUCGGUAGUGACCGUCUUCAGGACAGCAGUAGAUUACCAUGUCUGUGGGGAUGACUGGACGAUGGACCUCAGUCAACUGACCUGCUCUCAGCUCGGCCUAGGAGCCCCAGCAUCAGUAAUUCUGGUUCCAGACCCUCCCAGUGUUCCAGGGAGGAGGAGGUGGCUUCAUGUUCACCCUGACUGGAGACAGAGGAACGGCUCAGCUCUACAGGGCCUACUGGAGAAGAGAGGACAUGCCUGUUUCUCCAGGAAGAGAGUGUCUCUACACUGCACCAAAGAAGACUGUGGCCUACGCCCGGCCGUUCGUCUGUAUAAGCGUAUUCUGGGUGGCAGGGUGUCCAGGCCAGGGAGGUGGCCUUGGCAGUGUUCUCUCCAAUCAGAUCCUAGUGGACAUAUCUGUGGGUGCGUCCUCAUUGGGAAGAAAUGGGCACUUACUGUCGCUCACUGCUUUGAAGGACGUGAGAGUGCAGACCUAUGGAAGGUAGUCCUGGGCAUCAACAACCUGGACCACCCGUCCCCCUACCUGCAGACCAGAGGUGUAGAGUCCAUCAUUGUUCACCCUCGCUAUAACCGUGCCGUGGUCGACUAUGACAUCAGCGUGGUUGAGCUGGACAGGGAGGUGGAGGUUACCAGUUACGUUCGACCGGUGUGUCUUCCCGGUAACGGACAGUUACCGCAGCCUGAUACCUACUGUUAUAUUACUGGAUGGGGUCACAUGGGUAACAGGAUGCCCUUCAAACUCCAGGAGGGAGAAGUAAGGAUCAUCAGUCUGUCUCAGUGUCAGAGUUACUUUGAUAUGAAGACCAUCACCACCAGGAUGCUUUGUGCUGGAUACGAGGCUGGCACCGUGGACUCUUGCAUGGGUGACAGUGGUGGUCCUCUGGUGUGUGAGGAGCCUAGUGGUGGGAGCUGGACCCUUUAUGGCCUGACGUCCUGGGGUAGCGUGUGUUUCUCCAAAGUCCUGGGUCCUGGGGUCUACUCUAAUGUUACACACUUCACACCCUGGAUACACCGACAGAUCUACCUUCACACCUUCCAUCUACACUGAUACAGACAGACCUCCCCACCUUCCAUCUACACUGAUAGACAGACCUCCCCACCUUCCAUCUACACUGAUACAGACAGACCUCCACACCUUCCAUCUACACUGAUACAGACAGACCUCCCCACCUUCCAUCUACACUGAUACAGACAGACCUCCACACCUUCCAUCUACACUGAUACAGACAGACCUCCCCACCUUCCAUCUACACUGAUACAGACAGACCUCCCCACCUUCCAUCUACACUGAUACAGACAGACCUCCCCACCUUCCAUCUACACUGAUACAGACAGACCUCCACACCUUCCAUCUACACUGAUACAGACAGACCUCCACACCUUCCAUCUACACUGAUACAGACAGACCUCCCCACCUUCCAUCUACACUGAUACAGACAGACCUCCCCACCUUCCAUCUACACUGAUACAGACAGACCUCCACACCUUCCAUCUACACUGAUACAGACAGACCUCCACACCUUCCAUCUACACUGAUACAGACAGACCUCCCCACCUUCCAUCUACACUGAUACAGACAGACCUCCACACCUUCCAUCUACACUGAUACAGACAGACCUCCCCACCUUCCAUCACACUGAUAUAGACAGACCUCCCCACCUUCCAUCACACUGAUACAGACAGACCUCCCCACCUUCCAUCUACACUGAUACAGACAGACCUCCACACCUUCCAUCUACACUGAUAUAGACAGACCUCCCCACCUUCCAUCUACACUGAUACAGACAGACCUCCCCACCUUCCAUCUACACUGAUACAGACAGACCUCCCCACCUUCCAUCUACACUGAUACAGACAGACCUCCCCACCUUCCAUCUACACUGAUACAGACAGACCUCCCCACCUUCCAUCUACACUGAUACAGACAGACCUCCACACCUUCCAUCUACACUGAUAUAGACAGACCUCCCCACCUUCCAUCUACACUGAUACAGACAGACCUCCACACCUUCCAUCUACACUGAUACAGACAGACCUCCCCACCUUCCAUCUACACUGAUACAGACAGACCUCCACACCUUCCAUCUACACUGAUAUAGACAGACCUCCCCACCUUCCAUCUAGAACAACAACAACCCCGGAGGAGUGUGAAACCAACGAGACGUUUGGUGAUGUCCCUUCCUCUUCCUGUGGCCCCCAACAUUCCAAACAGGAAGUGAAGUGUAUUUUGGGAGGAGUCUGGAGUCUGUUGGAUGUGAUGACGUCAUCAUCGCCACUCUGUCACACUUCUUACACACAACAUACGUGUUGCACACACUUUACGUGACACACAGCCUCUCUCCCUCAACACGUGUUGCACACACUUUAUGUGACACAGCCUCUCUCCCUCAACACGUAUGUGUGCUUAUGUCUGUUCUUAACGUGUGUGUGUUCUAAACGUGUGUGUGUUCUAAAUGUGUGUGUGUUCUAAACGUGUGUGUGUGUGUGUUACCUGUAGUGAAUAUGAGUGUUGAGAGACAGUGUGUGGGUGUGUGUGUGUGUUCGUUCAUCCUAUAACAUAAUGAGAAACCUUCAGUACAUUUAGCCACUGUGGGGCGCUGCUGUAACAGCAAAGGCCCUGCUGUUUAAAUACAAGCUGUGUGUGUGUUUAUGCUUUCAAUGUCUGUAUGAUACAUUCCAGUUGUUUGUAAUUUUCUAAGAGUAUUUUUCUACUGCUUUUUGUAUGUGGUGUGAGUGUGUGGGGGGGGCCAUGUGUAUUUGUGUGUGUGUGGGGCGUGUGUAUUGUGUGUGUGUGUGUGAGCACGUUUUAGUCCCUAUAGUGACGGGGGCUUUCUGGCCCCUUCCCUGUCACUACACAGUGAUAAUGUAUACUAUAGGACAUAGGUACUGUCCAUGGAUAAUGCUGUAGCUAUAUAUGUAUAUAUAUAUGAUAGAUAAUGUUUAAAGCUGUCUGACAUACUCGUGUCUGUGUGUAAAAGUAGGGCUUUGUCCCAAAUGGCACCCUACUCCCUAUAUACUCCUUAGUAAUGACACCCUAUUCCCUAUAUACUCCUUAGUAAUGACACCCUAUUCCCUAUAUAAUCCUUAGUAAUGGCACCCUAUUCCCUAUAUACUCCUUAGUAAUGACACCCUAUUCCUAUAUACUCCUUAGUAAUGACACCCUAUUCGCUAUUUAAUGCAGUAGUAAUGACACCCUAUUCCCUAUAUAAUCCUUAGUAAUGACACCCUAUUCCCUAUAUAAUGCAGUAGUAAUAACACCCUAUUCCCUAUAUACUCCUUAGUAAUGACACCCUAUUCCCUAUAUAAUCCUUAGUAAUGACACCCUAUUCCUAUAUAAUCCUUAGUAAUGGCACCCUAUUCCCUAUAUAAUCCUUAGUAAUGACACCCUAUUCCCUAUAUAAUCCUUAGUAAUGACACCCUAUUCCCUAUAUAAUCCUUAGUAAUGGCACCCUAUUCCCUAUAUAAUGCAGUAGUAAUAACACCCUAUUCCCUAUAUACUCCUUAGUAAUGACACCCUAUUCCCUAUAUAAUCCUUAGUAAUGGCACCCUAUUCCCUAUAUAAUCCUUAGUAAUGACACCCUAUUCCCUAUGUAAUCCUUAGUAAUGACACCCUAUUCCUAUAUACUCCUUAGUAAUGGCACCCUAUUCCCUAUAUACUCCUUAGUAAUGGCACCCUAUUCCCUAUAUAAUCCUUAGUAAUGGCACCCUAUUCCCUAUAUAAUCCUUAGUAAUGGCACCCUAUUCCCUAUGUAAUCCUUAGUAAUGACACCCUAUUCCUAUAUACUCCUUAGUAAUGGCACCCUAUUCUCUAUAUACUCCUUAGUAAUGGCACCCUAUUCCCUAUAUAAUCCUUAGUAAUGGCACCCUAUUCCCUAUAUAAUCCUUAGUAAUGGCACCCUAUUCCCUAUGUAAUCCUUAGUAAUGACACCCUAUUCCUAUAUACUCCUUAGUAAUGGCACCCUAUUCCCUAUAUAAUCCUUAGUAAUGGCACCCUAUUCCCUAUAUAAUCCUUAGUAAUGACACCCUAUUCCCUAUAUAAUCCUUAGUAAUGACACCCUAUUCCCUAUAUAAUCCUUAGUAAUGACACCCUAUUCCUAUAUAAUCCUUAGUAAUAACACCCUAUUCCCUAUAUAAUCCUUAGUAAUGACACCCUAUUCCCUAUAUAAUGCAGUAGUAAUGACACCCUAUUCCCUAUAUACUCCUUAGUAAUGACACCCUAUUCCCUAUAUAAUCCUUAGUAAUGACACCCUAUUCCUAUAUACUCCUUAGUAAUGACACCCUAUUCCCUAUAUAAUGCAGUAGUAAUGACACCCUAUUCCCUAUAUAAUGCAGUAGUAAUGACACCCUAUUCCCUAUAUACUCCUUAGUAAUGACACCCUAUUCCCUAUAUAAUGCAGUAGUAAUGACACCCUAUUCCCUAUAUAAUCCUUAGUAAUUAAACCCUAUUCCCUAUAUACUCCUUAGUAAUGACACCCUAUUCCCUAUAUAAUCCUUAGUAAUGACACCCUAUUCCCUAUAUAAUGCAGUAGUAAUGACACCCUAUUCCCUAUAUAAUGCAGUAGUAAUGACACCCUAUUCCCUAUAUACUCCUUAGUAAUGACACCCUAUUCCCUAUAUAAUGCAGUAGUAAUGACACCCUAUUCCCUAUAUAAUCCUUAGUAAUGGCACCCUAUUCCCUAUAUAAUGCAGUAGUAAUAACACCCUAUUCCCUAUAUAAUCCUUAGUAAUGACACCCUAUUCCCUAUAUAAUGCAGUAGUAAUAACACCCUAUUCCCUAUAUAAUCCUUAGUAAUGACACCCUAUUCCCUAUAUAAUGCAGUAGUAAUGACACGCUAUUCCCUAUAUAAUGCAGUAGUAAUGACACCCUAUUCCCUAUAUAAUGCAGUAGUAAUGACACCCUAUUCCCUAUAUAAUCCUUAGUAAUGACACCCUAUUCCCUAUAUACUCCUUAGUAAUGACACCCUAUUCCCUAUAUAAUGCAGUAGUAAUGACACCCUAUUCCCUAUAUAAUGCAGUAGUAAUGACACCCUAUUCCCUAUAUACUCCUUAGUAAUGACACCCUAUUCCCUAUAUAAUCCUUAGUAAUGACACCCUAUUCCCUAUAUACUCCUUAGUAAUGACACCCUAUUCCUAUAUAAUCCUUAGUAAUAACACCCUAUUCCCUAUAUAAUCCUUAGUAAUGACACCCUAUUCCCUAUAUAAUCCUUAGUAAUGACACCCUAUUCCCUAUAUAAUCCUUAGUAAUGACACCCUAUUCCCUAUAUAAUCCUUAGUAAUGGCACCCUAUUCCCUAUAUAAUCCUUAGUAAUGGCACCCUAUUCCCUAUGUAAUCCUUAGUAGACACCCUAUUCCCUAUAUAAUCCUUAGUAAUGACACCCUAUUCCCUAUAUAAUCCUUAGUAAUGGCACCCUAAUCCCUAUAUACUCCUUAGUAAUGACACCCUAUUCCCUAUAUAAUCCUUAGUAAUGACACCCUAUUCCCUAUAUAAUCCUUAGUAAUGACACCCUAUUCCCUAUAUAAUCCUUAGUAAUGACAUGCUAUUCCCUAUAUAAUCCUUAGUAAUGACACCCUAUUCAUAUAUAAUGCAGUUGUCCACAAAGGGAAUAGAGUACAUUUGGGACAGGCCCCAUAUAUAUGUCUUUAUAUCCUGUCUCACUAUUAAACACUGGAAAAAUAUACACACCUCAUAUCUGUGAUGUUCUCGUUUCUAACAUACACACACACACACACACACACCAUGAACACAAACACCAUGA